AAAUUUACAUACUCUUCUCUCUUUCUCUCUCUCAAAUCCUACUUUUGACUAUUUCAUCUUUCCCUCUAAUACCCUUUGUUUUUUCAUUAGCACAAAAUUAACCUAAUUAAACAAAAUUCUGUGCACAAUCUUUUUCAUUGAUGUCAUCAGAAAAAGAAGGUACAGAUGAAUCAUCAAAAUGGAUUCUUGAAAGCAUUGAUAUCGUUCCUAAUGUGGAAGUUCCUAAAAAGGAUGAAGAAAAUGAAAGCAAGGUUAUAAAAGCUUCUGAUAAUGAAGCAUUUUCGAAUGUCGAUAAUUUGAGGAGCAGGAAUAAUAAUAACAAUAUUAACAAUAAUGGAAGCAAAAUGCGAAGGAUGGAAUCAGGUGCUGCAAGAGGGCUUAAGGGUUUACGGUUUCUUGAUAGAACGGUUACAGGUAAAGAAGCUGAUGCAUGGAAGUCAAUUGAGAAACGUUUUACGCAACAUGCAGUUGAUGGAAUGUUAUCAAAAGACAAAUUUGGAACAUGCAUGGGUAUGGGAGCAGAUUCAAAGGAUUUUGCUGGGGAACUGUAUGAGGCAUUGGCAAGGAGAAGGAAUAUAUGUGCAGAAAAUGGAAUUACUUUGAAUGAAGCUAGGGUUUUUUGGGAGGAUAUGACUAAUAAAGAUCUUGAAUCAAGACUUCAAGUGUUCUUUGACAUGUGUGACAAGAAUGGAGAUGGUAGGUUAUCCGAAGAGGAGGUUAAGGAGGUUAUAGUGUUGAGUGCUUCUGCAAAUAGAUUGGGAAAUCUUAAACAACAUGCUGAUAAUUAUGCUUCUUUGAUCAUGGAAGAGCUUGAUCCAGAUCAUAAUGGAUAUAUAGAGAUGUGGCAGCUUGAAACUCUAUUAAGGGAAAUGGUUAGUGCAGAAGAUGGCAAACCAAAACUUGGUACAAGAACACAAACUUUAACUAGAGCUAUGAUACCAUGCAAGUAUCGAACUCCUAUUAGAAAAUGGAUCACGAAAACCGCAGAAUUUGUAAAUGAACAGUGGAAAAAAAUAUGGAUUAUCGUUCUUUGGUUAGCCAUAAACUUGGUACUUUUCGUUUGGAAGUUUCUCCAAUACAAGGAAAGACCAGCAUAUGAAGUAAUGGGAUCAUGUCUAUGUUUUGCAAAGGGUUCUGCUGAGACUCUCAAAUUCAACAUGGCUCUAAUUGUCCUUACAAUGUGUAGAAGAACACUUACAAAGUUACGAGGAACAUUUCUUAGUCAAAUCAUUCCUUUUGAUGACAACAUAAACUUUCAUAAAAUCAUUGCAGUUGGCGUAGUUAUAGGAACUUUAAUCCAUGUAGGUGUGCAUGUAUCUUGUGAUUUUCCAAGAUUAGUUUCUUGUCCGACCGAAAAAUUUAUGGCGAUACUUGGAUCCGGUUUUGAUUAUAAGCAGCCUAGUUACUUGACCCUUGUUACAAGUCCUCCUGGUAUAACUGGAAUUUUCAUGGUCUUGAUUAUGGCUUUUUCUUUCACUUUGGCAACUCAUUACUUUAGAAAAAGCGUUGUCACGUUACCUUCGCCGUUGCAUCAUUUGGCCGGAUUCAAUUCCUUUUGGUAUGCUCAUCAUUUGCUUAUUCUGGUGUAUAUACUCCUAGUCAUACAUGGAUACUUUCUAUUUCUCACAAAGGCUUGGCAUAAAAAGACGACUUGGAUGUACCUUGUAGUUCCACUAGUGCUCUAUGGUAUUGAGAGAGUUCAUCCAUUUUAUAAGAGUAAAGAUCACCGCGUGAACGUCAUUAAGGCAAUAAUCUACACAGGAAAUGUUCUAGCACUAUACAUGACCAGGCCACAAGGAUUCAAGUAUCAAAGUGGAAUGUAUCUUUUUGUCAAGUGUCCAGAUAUAUCUAGUUUUGAAUGGCAUCCUUUCUCCAUCACCUCUGCACCUGGAGACGAUUACUUGAGUGUUCAUAUACGAACCUUAGGAGAUUGGACUACAGAACUUAGAAACAUAUUUGCAAAGGCUUGUGAGCCUCAAAGUGCAAUCCCAAGGGGAAGCCUUAUGAGGAUGGAAACUAGAGCAUACUCAAAAUCAAGUAUUGACAAUUCAAAACCAAGUAUUAGAUAUCCAAAGAUCCUCAUUAAAGGACCCUAUGGAGCACCAGCACAAAGCUAUAAGCAUUAUGAUGUACUCUUGCUCAUUGGUCUAGGAAUUGGGGCCACACCAAUGAUAAGUAUUUUGAAAGAUAUCUUGAACCAAAUGAAGAUGGCAAGUCCUCAACAAGAAAAGUCUGAGAAGGGCUCCUUCAGUAGCAAUAGCUCCGACGAAGAUAGAAAAGGUCCUGAAAGAGCAUACUUUUAUUGGGUAACAAGGGAACAAGCUUCAUUUGAAUGGUUCAAAGGUGUUAUGGAUGAUAUUGCAGAACAUGACAGUGAUGGUGUUAUAGAAAUGCAUAACUAUUUGACUAGUGUUUAUGAGGAAGGUGAUGCAAGAUCUGCACUUAUUGCCAUGAUUCAGAGGCUGCAGCAUGCUAAAAAUGGAGUUGAUGUAGUUUCAGAAAGCCGGAUAAGAACUCAUUUUGCUAGACCAAACUGGAAAAAGGUCUUCUCUCAGUUAGCUACAACACACGAAAGUUCUCGAAUAGGUGUAUUUUACUGUGGAAGUCCUACUCUUACAAAAUCAUUGAAGAGCCUUUGUCAAGAGUUUAGCCUAAACACAUCUACCCGCUUUCAUUUUCAUAAAGAGAACUUCUAAAGGAACAAUUCACACAGCUAAAGCAUCAAUCCACAAUUAUCAAGCAAUAUAGAUUGUAGACUAUUUUUUAAACCCAUAGAUUAGUGAUGUUGUAAUAAUGGUUUACAAAUUUUGACUAUGUAGCAAGAUUUCUUAGAGUAUAAAUUUUGUAAUAGUGUUGCUAAUUUUUUUUCCUUUCACCGUUGUGAUUUUGUAAUAAUGGUUUACUAAUUUUGAGUAUGCUUUUCUAACCCUCUUA